CACAGCAUCCCUGGAACACGGAAUCUGGCGGGCUGGGAAACGCAGAGAUGGGAAUGCACUGGGAUGGAAAAAAAAGAGGGGAAUAAAUAUUGCCUUCCAUCUGUUGGUCUUCCUCACUCAUCUGUCAUCCACUCUCACUUUUUCUGUUUCUGAGGAGAACUUCUUCAGAACCUCCAGUGAAAACACAUACAUAUAGAGAUAUAUCUAUAACAAUCCUAUACAUAUAUCAAUAUACAGUAUGCCUGUUUUCAUAAACAGCAUCUGGGGGACAGAACUACGCAGAAGAAAGUCACCUUGAUUUUGAAAAUAAAAAAACAGCAGGAAGACAAAUGCAGAACCAAAGACAUUUCUCUAAGAGAAUAAACCGUGGAAAGCAUUGACAAUGACUUGUGGAAUAUCUUUAAAUUGUAACAUGAGGCGUCUCUUCCUCGCUGGCAUAACGCAGUGCUUGGUGAGACAAAGAUCGUGGAUAUGGCUUAAUUCUAACAUCAACGUGAUAACUUCAGGCAUCUGAAUUGGACAAAUCUUUUUGCUGGAUAUUUCUUGGACAACAGUUUGUCUCAGGGUGAGAUCCUCAAAUCUGGAGUCUCUCCAAAGGGGAGGAAUCUCAUUCACUCUCGCUCUCUCCCAGUAGUGAUGACAACAGAGAGCGUGUUGUGUGCUGAAGUGGCAUGGAAAGCUCUCUUUCUUUCUCUUUCCCUGAUGAGGGCUGCUUUUCCUGUAUCAGCUUGCUGUUCUUGGACAACAAGUCAACAUUGAACUAGCUCUAAACUUGGCGGCAGAAAUCUUCAUUCAGCAAACUAACUGAAAUAAACUCCACUGGUUUAAUUCUCCCCUGUGUCUGUGCAUUGUUUCAUUCUGGGAUACACAUUGUGGGAUUACUAAAACAGGAUCAUGGCUGCAUCUCAUCUGUUUUUGAAUGCAUUUUUGAAUGCUAUUCUGCUCUUGAGUGGUAUUUCUUACAGUCAGAAACCUAACGUUGAAAAUACAGGUGUGCAGACGAACAAUCGGACGGUUGCGCCAUCUGGCGCCCCUGAGGUCACUCUAGCAACCCCGGGGUCAGACGCAGAGGACAAAACUCUAUCGCCUGGGAGUCGUUGUUGGGGUUACUUCGAUGUGAUGGGCCAGUGGGAUCCACCGUUUAAUUGUAACGCGGGAAUUUACCUGUUCUGCUGCGGUUCCUGUUACUAUCGGUUCUGUUGUCAGUUCAAGGUUCACAGCCUGGACCAAACGUCUUGUUCCAAUUAUGACACCCCAGUGUGGGCCAAUACGGGCAAGCCAGCAGCCCCAGUAACGGAUGUGCAAGAGGAACCGGACCGGGAUCGCACUCACAUGAUUGUGUAUAUAAUCUGUGGAGUGGUGGCCAUCAUGGUUUUGGUGGGGAUCUUCACUAAACUGGGCCUGGAAAAGAGUCAAGGAGGACAGACGGACAUGACCAACUCCAGGGCCCUGACAGAACUGCUGAAACAGCCAGGUGAGGUAGGAGGCAUGGACAGAGGAGGAGGCCACCACCCAAUCAGAUCCAACGGCAUCUCUGGGAGAUCGAUGCGCACCAACAACGUUGAGUUGAGUCGAGCCCAGCAGAGUUUGACACAUGAACACAAGCAUAACCACCUGAAUAACGCCGCACUUCCUCCUUUGACUCCCGCAAUGGCCCUGUCCCAGCCCCACAACAACAUGGGCUUCAACAAAUACACCUCUCUCAAGGCCAUGGAUACGACAGCUAGGGACUACUACCCCAAGAGCUACCACAUGAUGGAAUACACACACCGUCAACCCUCGCCUGCAACCUUCCAACCCAUCGCUUUCCACCCCAAAGACAAACCUUUCCUACCCCCUCCAGACAUCCAUACUCCUUUGGCCAUCACCAUCACGUCAGCCCAAGUCCCCAAGCCCAAAAUCUCUAAGACCAGCACUCACCCACUCACCACCAGCUCGGCCUUCAAAGUCUGGGACCCCAGUAAGAGCCACAUCCAACACCAGGUCCCUCUUAUGUCCCAGCAGCAGCCACCAAUGUCCCAACCUAACAGUCGGCGCCAGGCCUUCUCCACCAAGCGGCAGUUUAGCAUUGAGACUCUUCCGGAAUUGUUCUCCCAGCCCCUAGGGUACGGACAGUCUCCGCACCUCCACCCUAAACACAAGGGACUGCCCACAAACAGCAAGACAGAAGUCACGGUGUGAGGUGGGGUGGCGUGGAAAGAUGGACAAAAAGGGAUCAUGAAGAGAGAGAACACAGAAUAGCAUGACUGUGAUUAGACUGGAUGUGAAAGCGUCAAAACAUGUGCUUCAGUUAUAUAUAUUAUUAUCUUUCCUCCUUGUUACUGUUUUAACUAGAUAUAUUUUCAUCGUACUAUAAUACCAAGAGCAACAGAGGAAAAUGUUGCAUGGUAUUGACUCUGAUUCUUGAUGGAACCUGUUUUCCUGGAAAAAUCUGGCCUGUUUUUCUUGUUACCUUGGCCUUCUGAAAUCUCCUGUGGCCCAGACCCAUGUGUCCAAUAGCAAAGGUCAGAGGGUUGGAGUCCUGUACCUCAGGAGCUUUCACACCCUCCUAGACAAGGCCAUUGUGCUGUCAGCUUCCAUCAACCAGCAACUGUCACACGGUGAGACAUUAUUCAGACAAUUCCGACCACAUAAGACAAAGAACAGGCAUAACGCAUUAGGAAGAGGACAGUGGAGAAACCAAGGUGUCCUGGGAGAGAGAAGGAGAGAGAAAGAGAGUUUCAAGUAUUGGGAGGGCCAAGGGUUUGAAAUUUAUGUAGACCAAGGACUAGAUGUAACUGGCAAAGUUCUCUUCCCAAGGUCUCUUUAAUUCAACACCUUGUGGUCAAAGAAUGCAUUCCGAUGUUCAUCCUGGGAGCAAUCCGCCAACAUCGCUUCAGUCAUAGUUAUUUUGGCUGUUUCUAUUUCAAACCCUUGUUCGAGACACACCACAGGUAAAGACAAGGUCAAUGAGCAUGUAUCCCCCUACAGAUAGACCUCAAGAGGAACAUUGCCAGGGACAAAAGUCGCCCGCAGAGAUAAAGUGCCAUAGUGAAAGAGGAGAACACAUCUAGGUGAAAUAGUCUACCAAUGUCAUAAGUAGCACUGCCAAAUAUACUUUAAUCUGUCCCAUUAGUAUCCUUUGCAAUAUCUGUGAAACAACUUGCUUCCUUUGAAUUAUCUGAAUGUAAAUAGUUAUCCUUUUUGUGAGAGCAAGUUUUGGUCCUAUUAUACCAGGUCUGGUAUGGCCAAGUCUAGCAUGCAGUAGCAAUACCAUUAUCAUAUUGUAUCAUCCUAAUAAUGUACAUGGAAAAGUGCUGGGCAUCAGUUUUAGGCUGUAAGCCAUAAAGCCUCAGAGCACAAGAUCUGUGAGUUAGAUGUAUUCGGGUUUGCUCCAGGGACCAGGGAUAAUAGUAGCAAUUCUAGACUUAUCGGUACUUUCCAGCCAGGAGCCAAGUGACUGAUGAGCACAGCUCCCAAACUCACUCUCUCUUUGCCACUCCAAGCUGUGCCCAACCAGGCUUCUGGCCACCACACUGCCACAGAACAACAGGGGGCGCUAUAAUUGAUGCCGGCCCAUGUCUAAUACAACCUAUCCAAACACACAUUUUCCCAUGUUGCCUCUAGACUCAUAAUAUCUCUUGUUUCCAUUCUUGUCUUUCUUUAUUCAACAGUGGUUUCAAAGUAGAUUCCAAAUGUGAGACCACGAAAUGUAACAAAAAUAGACUUGCAAACUGCACCAUUUACCAACUUUAAGGAGGCCUGGGUCGAUUGUCCGAUGGCAACAUCUCUUGACUUAAAAUCAUAAUAAACCAUCUGUUUACCCAGCAAACAGCUGUGAGUCCAAACAUUAGCAAGUACCCUUUGUUUGAGCAGCCUAGUGAGCAACAGAAGAGAUUUAACGGGCCGAUGACAUCUAAUGUAUGAGCCUCCUAGGGACUAUUACAGAGUGUGAAAUGUUCAAGGAUAGAGUUUAAUAGAACUGCUGCUUAGGGCUGCUUCUAAAUAAAACCACCAUAUUGCGAGAAGCAGAGAAGGAUUAUUGAACUCAGAAGAAUGAGGCAACACUCUUGUAGCAGUACAAAGCAUCCCUUUUGGAACAGUAGAUUGCAUUACAGUCAAUGCAGUACACUUUACAGCAAUUGGGCCGGUAAUGAACUAUGACAAAAAGACGAAAAAAGAACAAAACAAGUAGCUCCAUCUCUCUCUCUCUUUCUACCCUCUCCAGCUUCAUUUUGGAAAUAAAUUUUACUUCUGGACCAAUUCCAGGGACAGCAGCUCCAAAAAUAGCAUGGCAAUACAAUUACUGCAUGUUCCUGGAUGGAUAUUUUCGACCAUUUAAUAGAUGUGAGGUUGUUUCAACAUGUUCUCAUAGGUCAAACAAGAAAAUGAUGCUUCAUUCUGUCUCCGUGGCAGACGCUUCCAGGGUGGCAUUGGGUUUCAGGGGCCAAACCCUGGAGGACAGACACAGCCGUCAGCUCUCCUGGCACAAAGAUGCCAAGCGAUGCCAAGGUAAACCAGCUACACAGCACUUGGCCUGAACUGGAGCCACAUUGCAUGCUGUGAGGUCAUGAAUACUGUCUUUGAGACACACUUGGAAAUAAUGGAGCUUAUUUUCCUCCAGUGAAAAUCAAACCAGUGUCAAAGCGCUCUUAGGGAUGGUCGAAACAUGGUCUCUUGCUGAAUCAAAUGAGGAAUAAGAUCCAGGAAUAAACUACUGUAUGAAUCUUAUUUUUGACUUUAGCUCCAUGAACCAUUGGAUUGGUCAAUUAACCAUUUAAAACUGUGGAGGUUUAGGACCUACAAUGAAAAUCAAAGAAGGUUGAGUACAUGGACAUCUGCUACACAAAAAAUACAAGGUGUAAAUAUUAGUUUUUGCUUCCAAAUACCAUUUCAGACAAGUGUGAAGACAUUCUUCAGUGGUUAUUUAAAACCACCCAAUAAGCCUAAGACAUUUGUUUCUGUUUUCUUCUUAAAAUGAGUGUUCUACCUGCGAUGUGAAUGCCACUGGGUAGCAUUUUAUCUUUAGCAAUACAUUAUGUACUUUUUACUGUUUAUGUACUAUUUGCAAUGUUGUCUUUUUUUGUACCGUAAGCGCUAUUGGAAAUAGCGUCAAGCCUGCCACAGUUGACAACCAUUUUACGAAGAUAAAGUGCUUCCGAAUUUUAAUUAACUUCUAAUACCUUCCUUACUAACUUAAUGCUAUAGUUCACCAAAAAAAAUUAAAGUUCUGUCAUUUACUCUUUUUUGUUUUUUUUUAAAUGUGUGUGUGUGUGGGGGGGGGAUGUUAGGGGGUUCUGCCUAACAUCUCUUUUUGUGUUCCAUGAAAGAAAGAAAGUCAUACAGAUUUGAAACAAUAUAGUAAUUGAGUAAAAGACAAAAUGUACAUUUUUAGGUGAACUGUUGCUUUAAAAGAUGACUUGCCAUAUUUGAAUCUUGCGCUAUAUGUAUAGAGCAUAUGCUUUAUUUAAUCAUUUUUACAAGAUGUAUUAUAACCAAUGCUUGAAUGACAUCUUAGUUACCAGUCCAGAGACAUGUAAUAUGUGUAUUGGAGAUUCAAAUUGUUUCAAUUUGUUUGGUGGUACGUUUGAAUGCUUUAUUCUUAUGCACUGUUUUAAACUGUGUAUUUUGUCUAUGUAUAAUUUGGUUGAAUUAUACUAAGGGCUUUUAAAAGAAGCACAGUAUGUGCUCUUAACAGGAGUUGCCCCUUAAGUACUGAUCUAGUUCCAACAAUUUUCAAUAGAAUUUUCAAGGCAGCCUUUAACUCAGGCUGUGCAUUAUAAACUCACAUGACCCCUCCUCGCAACAAAACGCAAACAUUUUGUCCAACACAGCAAAAAGAAGAUGCUCCCUCCUUGAGUUAACAGGGACUUUUCUUGUUUGGACCCUGAAAGUAUAUGCAAACACGUUUUAAGGAGAGAGCAUGUGAGAACUUAUCAGAGGAACGAUAAAGACAUUUGGAAUCACUGAUCUUGCUCUCUGAUUGAACUUACCAGCAUUUAAGGAAAUCCAAAGCCAGCUACAGAAUUGCAGUUUGAUCCUAAUUAAUAUUCACCCUCUCACAAGGUUACAUCAUCAAUAAAGAGAACAACAGGAAGAGUAAUUAUGCUUGCUUGUUAACUUAAAGAGCCAGGGUUUUUUUUUCUUCCCCACAAUACCUGGCAUUGACAAAUAUCCCCUGUCUCAGUAGUUAUGUUCCAUUUUCAUGUUUACUGGUUAUAUACUGAUUAUAUGUUUUUUCAUACAAAAUAAAUGAAUAAAUAAAUAAGCAAAAAGUUAAAUAUGUAAAUAUUAUGUAACAUUUGUAAGUUUAUGAUGUGAAUAUAAAGUAGCACACACCGUCUCACAAACACAUGUGCGUGUACUGUACACACACAAGAGAUGAGCUUGAAAGCCCCGCCAACAACUCUCAUUGGUCCAAAAUCCCGUUGCACACAACUGCAUAAUGAACAUCAAAUAUGUUCUGAUUCACUUUCAGUUUGGACAGAUUUGGAAACUUCACCCAGCAAUUUGAUUACAAGGUUAGGGGGGCAGUUCACGCUGUAAAACACUGAGCACCGAGCACAUCGUUUUUCUUCUAACUCUUUAUAUGUCGCCUUUCAUCUUCUCACUUAACAGAGUGCAACAGUUUGGUUCUACAAGUCAAAAUGUAAUUCAUCGUUUCAAUAGGGGCAUUGAUUUUUUUACUAUAGCUUAUAAACCUUUAAACACAGAUGUACCGUGAGCUCAGAGGUUGUAAAAUCGAUGAUAUGUGCCUCUUAUGAAGCCAUUAGUCGGCGUUAUGUCAACUUAAUAAAAAACAAAUCACGUUUAAUAUUGGAAUUUAUGGUGAAGACCUUAUUCCUCAGUUUCUGCUGAGAAAGAUUCAACAAUCAGAGAAUCCCAGCAAACAAAGCACACCAAAAAAGCUCUGCAAAUGACGCAAUGAAGUCGUAUUCCCUACACUCUAAAACUACUUAUAAAUUUGCAUAUAUCUGAAUAUUUUGCAAUAAAUUUCAUAAUAUCGAUUUUAUACUUAAAAUCAACAACUUUUAAUUAAUAGUUUUAUAUUUUUUCAACAUUUUUAAUUAGAUUAUAUCAUUCAAAUGCUUCAUGUGAUUGUAGUUCAUUCCCUUAUAAAAAACAGUAAGUACACAGUCUUGUACCUUUGUCUUUUCAUCCGAUUUUCAAAUCUGUUUUUGUUUCAAAUCAAAAUUUGUAAUGUUGUGAUUUACCUCAGAGCUGGUUGGUUUGGUUCAUCACUUAGAACUCUUUUACUAAGGAUUUUAAGAAAUCCCUAUAGAAAAAAAUGCAUGGGAAAAAUACUUCCGGAACCAAGACGGUUGAAAAAAUGGACGGCACUGUUGCACUCUUAUGCUCUACAGAUAGACACAAAUGCACAUACAGGACCUGUAGGACCUGGGCAUGCAUGCAGUGUAGAGAGGUUUGUUGAUAAAUAAGUGUGAUCUAGUUUUUGUCACACCACUCACUUGCAGUGUAGACACGGUGUUAAAUGUAAGUUGAUUAUAGUCUCUCUCUUUUGCUUUCCUUUUCUCUUGUUUCUGUUUGUUCCUCCAUCUAACUCUCUCUCUCUCUCCAUGGGGACAGUGGGUGAUACAAAUCUUAGCCGUCAGUGAUAUCUAAGUUAAUAUGGGUCUCCAGGGGCUGCAGAGAGAGACAGAGAGAGAGAGAAAGAGAAAUGGAUAAUACAGUACAUGAUGAUGAAGAGCUGUGGGUGGAGGGAGGGAGAAGGAUCUGUCAUCCUCUUCUCUCGUUUCCAUGUACUUCAUCUCUUUUGCUUGUCUAAUGCCCCAUUUCCAUAUCUGCCAUGUAUUUUUUUCUCCUUAAGUCUGGUUGCACUUUAAGCAGACGCUAAAUAAUUCAGAGAAGUAAAAUUUGCAGGAUGGCGAAAGAGAGACACACAGUCACAGAAACAGAGUGCUGCAGAGAGCUCAUGAAAGACUGUCGAGAUUCAAAAGCAAAAAAAAUAAAAAAUACCUGUUCAAUCCAUGCAAGUGUUUGGGAAUAAUCUCAAUGUACAAUGUUUUUAAAAGCAUUUGUUGACUGUUAAAAAGGUCUUAGGUCAGGGAAGCUUAGGCUCGACAUUAAAGCAAUAGUUAAUCCAAAAAUUAUGUCCUCAAUUACUCACCCUCAUGUUGCUCCAAACCCAUUUGACUUGCUUUCUUCUGUGGAAAUCAAAUGGCACCAUUCACUUUUCUUGCAUAUUUUUUUUUUUUUUUUCCACACAAUGAAAGUGAAUGGUGAAUGAGGUUGUCAUUUUGCCUACUAUCUUAUUUUGUGUACUGUACCAGAGAAGAAAGUCAUACAGGUCUGGAACAACAUGAGAGUGAGUAAAUGAUGACAACAUUUUGGGUGAACUAUCCCUUUAAAACUUUAAAGGCCAUAGCUACAGAUCCAAUGAUUCAAUAAAACAAUUGUUAUAACUGUCAGAUAGAAAGAGUUAUGUAAGAGUUUGCUGUUAGGUACGCAUGAGAUAAACUUUAUUCAGUAAAUUGUGAUUAAUAUUAUUAUUAUUAUUAUGAAACCAAUUUUUACUAUAAGCAGUGAACAUUAUGAACAUCUGGUAGUGCAUAUUUUGAUGUUAAUAAUGACAAGGACAGCGAUGAUGAUAAAGAUGCUGAUGAUAUCAACAGUGACCAUGCCGACACAACAGCAAAGACAAUGCCAACUGUUUCUACAACACUAAUAGCAAUUUAUAAGGAAAGACAUGAUCAAACUGAUUUAAUGGCUUUUUAAGCAUCUCUUUCUAACAGAAACAUUGUAAAGUGUUCUUUGUAUAAACUUGUUUAAAAAAUAAAAGGCAGAGUGA